AUGGCCCCCCUCCGAGACAGCUACACGCUCCCCGCGGCCGCGGACAUGCACGUGCACCUGCGCAACGCCCCGGGCCCCAUCGCUUCCCUGGUGACGCCCACCAUUCGCAGGGCCGGCAUCGACACGGUGUUCGUGAUGCCCAACCUGGCGCCGCGGCCCGUCGUGUCGGUCGCCGAGGCCCGCGCGUACAGGGACGCCCUGCAGGCGCUGGAUUCGCGGGUGAACUAUCUCAUGUCGCUUUACCUGCAUGAGAGCAUCACUGUGGAUGAGAUCAGAAGGGCGAAGGAGGCUGGGAUUUAUGGGGUUAAGGCUUAUCCCCGCGGAGCGACGACCAACUCGCAGUGGGGUGUGGUGUCGUUUGAGCCGUUCCAUGAGGUCCUCAAGGCCAUGGAGGAGGAAGGCAUCGUGCUGAACCUGCAUGGCGAGAGGCCCAGCAGUGCGGCCGAGGGGGUCACCGUGAUGAAUGCCGAGGCGCGGUUCCUGCCGGUGCUGAAGGAGCUCGUGGAGAAGUACCCCCGGUUGAAGAUCGUUCUGGAGCACUGCACCACGGCGGAUGCGGUCGAGGCCGUCAGGUCGCUGGGCGAGAAUGUCGUGGGGACUAUUACGGCUCAUCACCUCUCUCUUCUGGUCGACGACUGGUCCGCCAAUGUGCACCACUACUGCAAACCCUCGGCCAAGUCCCCCGAGGACCGGCGGACCCUCCUCAACGCAGUCGUCACCAGCAACGGCAAGUUCUUCCUGGGCACCGACAGCGCACCCCACGACAUAACAGCCAAGAAAGGCAAAGGCAACACCGCCGCGGGCGUCUUCACCCAGCCCUACGCCUUAGGCUAUGUCCUCACAGCGCUCGAAGAAGCCGUCGCACGCGGGGACAUCCCCGAAUCGUCAGUCACGGAGGACGCCCUCCGGGGUUUCUUCUCCGACUACGGCCGGAGGUUCUACGGUCUCCCGCCCGCCACGCAGCAGAUCCGUCUCACGCGCGGCGGGGCCAAGAUCGAGGAGUCGUUGAAGGGGGACGACGUCGAGGUUGUGCCGUUCCGGGCCGGGGAGGAGACCUGGGGUGUUGAGUGGUUGUAG